AAUUUAAUAUGAUAAGAAUUGCACAAAAACCCCCUGUUUCCUCGUAUUCUUGGUCAUGAAGCUGGAGGGAUUGUGGAGAGUGUGGGUGAGGGUGUAACUGAUCUCCAGCCAGGUGAUCAUGUUCUCCCUAUAUUCACAGGGGAAUGCAAGGAGUGCCCCCACUGCAACUCAGAAUAAAAAACAACCUGUGUGAUCUCCUUAGGAUCAAUACUGAUAAGGGUUGCGUGAUUAAUGAUGGAAAAUCAAGGUUCUCUAUCAAUGGGCAGCCAAUCUAUCACUUUCUUGGCACUUCAACUUUCAGUGAAUUCACUGUUAUCCAUGUUGGACACGUUGCAAAGAUUAAUCCAGCUGCCCCUCUUGACAAAGUUUGUGUUCUAAGUUUUGGUGCCACUGUGAAUGUUGCUAAACCCAAAAAGGGUCAUUCAGUUGCCAUAUUUGGACCGGAUGCCAUUGGCCUUACUGUUUCAGGGGCUUUAAGGAUCAUUGGUGUUGAUUUGAAUUCCAGCAGAUUUGAGGAAGCCAAGAAGUAUGGUGUGACAGAAUUUGUGAAUCCUAAGGAUCAUGACAAGCCAGUUCAACAGGGUGAGAUGACCAAUGGAGGAGUGGAUUGCAGUGUUGAAUGCACCGGAAGCAUUCAGGCUAUGAUUUCAGCAUUUGAAUGUGCCCAUGAUGGUGUCGCAGUGCUUGUUGGUGUCUCGAGCAGAGAUGUUGCAUUCAAAACAAAUCCAGUGGAUUUCCUAAAUGAGAGGAACCUCAACGGUACCUUCUUUGGCAACAAUAGACCUCGCACUGAUAUUCCCAAUUUUGUCGAGCAAUACAUGAACAAGGAGCUAGAACUGAAGAGACUGGAAAAGCUUAUAACUCACUCUGUGCCUUUCUCGGGAUCAACAAAGCAUUCGAGUACAUGCUGUCUGGCCAGGGUCUGAGAUGCAUAAUUCGCUUGGAACAUUCACCACAAGAAUCAGAAUAUUUAGUGUCCAAGAUUUAGUGCCUAACAAUGGAAAACGUUCUGUGGGACGCCUUCUUAUGGCCACUGACCAUGUGGGGUUCCAUGUAUGUUCAAUUUCCAUCGCAAAAUUUGGUCCCGUCUUGUCAAUUUUUACUCCUAGAGAAGAACAUAUUUAAUGAAGGUUGGAGGAAUAA